UAUAUUUUUAAUUAAUUACAGACUGUUUAAUUUGGGAGGUAAUCAUCACUCAGUUGUAUACAGUGUGGGAACUGAAAUCGUCCUUCCAUGAAAUCCUAAAUUGGUAGAGAGAAAGAGAGAGUGUGAGAGUUUUGCAGUUCCAUAUCCUCCAAUGGCGAUGGUGGUUAGCUCCAAUCCUUCACCGCCACCACCACAACCUUCUCUGAAACUCCAUUCAUCCCUGCUAGCCCAUAUAGACACAUCCACGCUCUCCCAAUCCGAGCUCCACUCCCUCUCCCUCUGCUCCUCCUCCGCCUUCGACCUCCGCCGUACCGACCAGCUCGUGGUCCCGAAAAUCGACCGCUCUCUCUUCAACGAGAGCGCCGGUUCCCGCCGCCAGACCUACUCUCGCCCCCGCCGAUCUCAAUCCUCAUCUCCCACCUCCUCCUCCUCCGUCGCCGCAAUCGCUCCAACCGGCCACCGCCGCCGUGUCGCCGGCCUCCUUCCCGUACCCAAACUCCCUCCCGUACCCGCUGACGAUCCCGAACGGAAUGAGAAUCGUGCUAUCCUCAAUCACCUCAAGCAUUUGAUUUCCCAAGAUCCCAAAUUUGAUUACGUCGAACUGUCCCCGCCGUCGUUGUCGGCGUCGAUGGUUGAAAUUGGUGAGAAUCCGGUGGAGUACCGCAGCAUUGGGGUUUUUGAAGGGAGAGGUGAAAUGGGUUUGCCGAGUUUUGGUGGUGAGAGGAAGAGGAAGAGAGGAAGGAAGCCCAAAGUAAAGGUUUUGAAUUUGGAGACUCAGGGUUAUUUGGGUUUGGAGAUGGUGAAUAGGAAUGGUGUUGCUGUUGAUCUUCUAAGUUUGGCGAACAUGGAAGAUCCUUAUGGAGAGGAGUUGAAGAGGAGAACUUUUGGGUUGGAUAGCGAAGAGAAGCUGUUGGGGUUUAUGAGGGAAUUGAGUGGUCAAUGGGGGAGUAGAAGGAAGAAGAGGAAGAUUGUAGAUGCCAGCGAAUUCGGCGAUGCUUUGCCGGUGGGUUGGAAGCUUUUGCUGGGCCUCAAAAGGAAAGAAGGUCGUGCAUGGAUUUACUGCCGCAGAUACAUAAGCCCUACCGGACAACAUUUCAUAUGCUGCAAAGAUGUUGCUUCAUAUUUGCAAUCUUUUGGUAUCAGUUCCACACGGCCAAAUGGUCAGAGGGAUGAAAAUAUUCCAGAGUACAGACCAACUGCUGAAAGUCAGCAUGCAGGGUUAACCUAUUGGGAUGGAGAUCAAAAGCAAGACAUUAAUUCCAGCUUACCUUUAUCUACUAAUAUAUCUAACGAGCAGGAGAAGGAAAUUGCCUUGUUGGGGAUGGAGAACCUUGCAGAGGUUCAGAUACAUGACCUUUUUGAGUGUCACAAAUGCAGUAUGACUUUUGAUGAGAAGGAUUCAUAUUUGCAGCAUCUUUUGUCCUUUCACCAAAGAACCACAAGAAGGUAUCGACUUGGUUCUUCUGUUGGGGAUGGAGUGAUAAUUAAAGAUGGAAAAUAUGAAUGCCAGUUCUGCCAUAAGGUAUUUCUGGAAAGGCGUCGCUACAAUGGUCAUGUGGGUAUCCAUGUAAGGAAUUAUGUGAGGAGGGUAGAAGAAUUGCCUGUUCCUAUACGUCAAAAGAGAAUUCAAUCUCCACCCAGGGAUGAUUUGCCUUCAACUUCUAGGAUUUCUAAAAUGGAUGCUUUGAUAGAAAUUGCUCAGAGUUCAAUUUUAGAAAAUGCUACUGCUGGACCUAAUGAAAGAUCCAAAAGUGGUUCUGCACCUGAUCAACCUCACCCAAUUUCAAGUCCAGAAAUUCCUGCUUCCAAUUCUGAUCAAGAAAUGAACUUUGAUUCUCCUUUGAGUGAACAGGAACUGGAAGGUAGAAUGAUUAAAAAGGAAAAUGAUCCAGAAGAUAGUGCGCAUAUGAGCGCAGAUGGAAGUAUGGAGAAACCCAGUGAUCGAAGUGAAAUCGUAGAUGUGAAGAUGGAUGCUUGUCUGGAUGAUACAAAUCUCUUUCCUAUUAAAAAGCAAGAUGGUAAUGCAUCUAAAACCUUUUCGGGAAAGGAAGGCUUAGCAUUUAUCAUACAUGAACUAAACAAGUCUUGCUUUGAGAGGGAAGGAGCUUCUGAAAGUGGUGGAGUUUCUCCUUCAGGUCAUCAUGUUAUUUGUGAUGUUGACAGUGAAGCAAAUAUAAAUGAGAAUGACAAUUUAGAGUGUGUGAGUCCUGUUGAAAUCAAUAACAAGGGCAAUGAAAUGAAAGUUGAUGUUGAUAGCAGCAAUGAUAGGCCAACUAAUGAUAUUAUGACCGACUCCAUACAGAAAACUUCUGAAGGAAAGGAACUCCAAGGUGGGGUAUCUGACUCUUCAAUGUCCAUGGUGCAACAAUCACACUGUUUCCCCCCAUUUGAUGCAGCAUCUGAUAAGGGUGAACAAGUUUCUGGUGUUGAUCAGAAAAAUGAAAAUAUAACAGGGUUUGAGGAGCUGAGACUGGAUGAACUUGAAGCUAUGAAGUAUAACUUUGAAACUGUGCAAGAGUCUCUUCCCCUUCAGGAGGUACCCAUAGAGUUGACAAGUACUGUAGAGAUGGAAGGGGAAUUUGGUUCCUCUGUUCAAUUUGUAUCAGAAGAUGUGAUGUUGAAUGUGGAUGGCAGACAUCAGCUUACAACUGUGUGUGUAUGGUGUGGAGUAGAAUUUAACCAUGAGACUGUCGAUUCUGAACUACAACCAGAUUCUGUAGGUUUCAUGUGUCCAAAUUGCAAAGCAAAAAUAUCUGGGCAACUUAAUGUGUUGGAUAGUGGCUCUCCGGUGCAUCCUCAUAGUCUCUGAGCUAGAGUGCUCUUUUAUUUUAUGUGUUCCUUUAUCCUAGGUACUUUCUAUUUCUCUUCAAAUGAUAUUGCUGAUUAGGAAUGUUGUUACUAUUUUACAUUCAUUACUUAGAAUUGUAUAAUCACGGCAGUUUCCCUUCGGGUACAUGAAGGUUUUCUUCCAUUUGUCAUGACCAGUUCUUGCUUGGCCACUAUUUGAUUGAAAUUGGUGAAUUUUGCUACUUUACAAGUAUUUUGUAUCAUCAAGGAGGAGGGAAACCUUAGCAUCAUGGACAUUUAUGGCGAAGUAAAAUGUUUUUACUUUGAUAUAUAAAUGUAAUAAAUCUAGCUGUAGAUGAAGUAGAUGAAGUGACACCUUAAUAGAUGUCAUCGUUGAUCAUAGUGAGAGGGGGCAGAGGAUGCUGCACUCAUUUCUUUGUUCUACUAUGUUUAACAAUAAUAUAUACAUGUAUAUAUACUUUAUGGAAGAGGAAUAGCUAUUUCUGGAAUAAAAAAUUGUAAAAAUGAGCAAUAAUUCCUAUUUAGUUGUUUGAAUGCAACA